AUGUCAAAAACACCAGCAAUUUAAUUUCAAGAUAAUUUAUAACCACAAAAUUCAAAUAAAACAAAAUGGGGAGUCCUGUUUGCAUUUUGUUAUCUGGCGUAAUAUUUUUAUAAUAAUUUUAGAUUUUCCAAUGUUCUUGGUUUUGUCAGCUAUUCCCCGAUUUCUAAUAAUGCAGCAUUCUACUAUAGUAUAUCUUUAAAUGAUCUAUUCUGGAUUGGUAAUAUGUAUUAUAUUACAUUCUUUAUUUUUGGUCCACUAUUUAUUCCUUUGCUAGAAAAAAGACUAGACCUUUGUUUGAAAUUAUCCUCAAUUUUAACAACACUAGGAACUUGGAUUAUAUGGAUAGCAGAAUCUAAUUAUGUUGUUUGUUUAAUAGGCUACUUUUUUGUGGGAAUUAGCGAAGCCUUUUAUUUAGGUGUACCAGUUUGUAAGUUUAUAAUUAUUUAUUUAAAUAAAAGAUUUAUCUGAAGUCUGGUUUACUGCUUAUGAUAGAACAUUAGCUACAUGCUUUGGCAGCUAUGCUACUUUGGCUGGUAUUAUGGUUUCUUAUACUUAUUCAUCAUUUUAUUUUUCUGGGUUUGAAGAACAAAAUACUGUCAACCAUAAAAUUAAUAAUCUUAAUUUAAUCAUAGCAAUUCUUAACUCUCUUUCAAUUCCAAUUUGUUUUAUCUUCAUUAAAUAUAAACAUUAAUCAGGAAAAUAAACAGAGGUAUUCUAUUUAUAAUUUUAUUUUAGGAUAAUAUCAAAUUUUUUUAUUAAUUUUUCAACAUUUUCAAAAAUGAAGAAUUUUUUCUUGAUCUUAUGGCAUUUUCUUUUUUUAUUGGAAUUUCAUGGGUUUACAUUUCUAUAAUUUCAUUGUAAUUAUAUAUUUUUGGAUUUACAUAAUUAGAAGUAGGAAUAACAGGUAUCUUUUUUACUGGAUCAGGAAUAUUAGCAGGAAUUUGGUGUUCUUUUAAAUUAGAUUAAGAAGCUAAAUAAGGUAAGCAACCAAAUUAUGAUAUUUUUAUAAAAAUAACAACUUUGAUUGGAUUUUUUGCUCUUCUUCUUGAAGCUUUUACAAUAUAGUACUUAUCUAUAUAUGCAUUGAUUUUAUUAAAUAUUUUCAAUGGUAUAGGGUUAAAUGUAAUAUAUCCAGUAGCAAUAGAAGCAUUUGUUGAAAAAUUAUAUCCAAUGAAAUCUUUAAUUGUAGCUACUUGGGUAUUUGGAUUAGCAAAUGUAUAAAUAUUUAUAUUUUUAGUUGUUAGGAUUUGCAUUAAAUUAUCUCUUAAUCUUUCCAGUAUUAAUGGAGUAUGGAUUAUGGUUGACUUUAGCAAUUCUUACACCUUUUGAAUUAUAUUUUAUUCUCUUUUAUAAAUCAAGAUAUCGUAGAUUUGAGCUAUCUAAUUGA